AUGUCCGAAACAGCCGUGGCAACGACCGCGGUCGUCGACUUUAAGCAGGACAAUAUCCCGCUUAGUUCCGGGUCCGGCAAGGAGAAGGAUAUGCUGUUGCCGGAGGACGGAGAGAGCUCCAGUAAGAGCCGAGGGCUCCUCAAGGUGCCGUCGCGAUCGUCAUCUCAACAGCGGAACCAGUCUUCGCCGACUACGACUGGCUUGAGCGGCGCUACCAUCACCGAUCCACGAAGCAGUAUCGGCAGCAGGUCCAGAGAAUCCAAGGGCAGCUUUUUGGAUAGACAGCGAAACGGCAGCUCCAGUGGCGAGGCUGAACCUGCUCGCACAGCCGACAUUUCCCAGCCCAGCUCUCCGUCCGCAAGCGAGCAGAAACGAAAGAGGAAGAAGAGCAGUGGGUUCCUGGCUCUGUUAGGAUGCUGCGUCGUGCCCGACUCGGCAAACGCCGUCGACUCGCCUCAGGGGAUUCACAAACUGGAUAAAUUGCCCCCUCGACCGACAACAGCCAAGUCAAGAACACACACUCCUCAAGACCAGACGCCGGCGAAGCAGAGCAACGAAAAGCCCCCCGUUCCAGCAACCACCGCACCCCAGGGCAAGGACCAUGGUAUCUCGUCGAGCAGCGCUCAGGACCAGACCAAGUUGGAGGAACAAACGACCCAGGAAGCGAAGCAUGUCGCCCCCGCCGUUACAGUCGACCCCCCAAGCCCUCUGCCUGAACCGAACGAGGAGGUUCGAGAAAUCGAAGAGGUGGUUGACGACGUCGAGAUGCGAGAUGUGCCAGCGGUGGAAGAGGCCCAUGAGGUGCAGCCUGAGGUAGUACGACAAGAGGCUCACGAAGUCGCGCUCCCUCCGCCUCCACCUGGCCCUGGCCCAAGUCCCCUAGUGACUACGGCGCUUCCCCUUACAGAUGAGGGCCCUUCAGCACCAGAGCCUCAAAAAUGGCUAUUACCCCCCAUUACCCCUGAACUCAAAGGAAGAAAAUGUCUAGUUUUGGACCUCGACGAAACCUUGGUCCACAGUUCAUUCAAGAUUCUUCAUCAAGCGGACUUCACAAUACCGGUUGAAAUUGAAGGCAAUUAUCAUAACGUGUAUGUCAUUAAGCGACCUGGUGUAGACGAGUUUAUGAAGAGAGUUGGAGAACUUUACGAAGUAGUGGUCUUUACGGCAUCAGUCUCAAAGUAUGGCGAUCCUCUGCUAGACCAAUUAGAUAUACACAAUGUUGUUCAUCAUCGUCUAUUCCGAGAGAGCUGCUACAACCACCAAGGAAACUAUGUCAAGGACCUUUCACAAGUUGGGCGAGAUUUGAAGGACACCAUCAUCAUCGACAACUCGCCAACCUCCUACAUAUUCCACCCCCAGCACGCUGUUCCAAUCAGCAGCUGGUUUUCCGACGCGCACGACAACGAGCUGCUCGACCUUAUACCCGUCCUUGAAGACCUCGCUGGCCCCAACGUUGCCGACGUCAGCCUGGUUCUUGAUGUCACUCUCUGA